GGGCCGGGCGUGCGUGCCGCCGUUGAUCCGGUCCUGCAGUGAGGAGGUGGUUCUAGCCUUGUUGUGUGUGUGUGUGCGUGUGCGUGUGUGUAUGUGUGUGUGUGUGAGUGUGUGUGUGAGUGAGGGAGUGAGUGAGGGAGUGAGUGAGCGAGCGAGCGAGCGAGCGUGUGCGGCCCGGCUUGUUGUUGUCCCUGACUUCCCCCUCCCCUCCACCCCUCCCCCUUUCCCAGCCGCCGCUGCAGUGGCCGCUCCCUGGGCCGUAGGAAAUGAGCGAUAACGAUGACAUCGAGGUGGAGAGCGACGAAGAGCAACCGAGGUUUCAAUCUGCGGCUGACAAACGAGCUCAUCAUAAUGCACUGGAGCGAAAGCGCAGGGACCACAUCAAAGAUAGCUUUCACAGUUUGCGGGACUCUGUCCCAUCACUCCAAGGGGAGAAGCAACAGGCAUCCCGGGCCCAAAUCUUAGAUAAAGCCACAGAAUACAUCCAGUAUAUGAGAAGGAAAAACCACACACACCAGCAGGAUAUUGAUGACCUCAAGCGGCAGAAUGCUCUGCUGGAGCAGCAAGUCCGUGCACUGGAGAAAGCGAGGUCAAGUGCCCAACUGCAGACCAACUAUUCUUCUUCAGACAGCAGCCUCUACACCAAUGCCAAGGGCAGCACCAUCUCUGCCUUCGAUGGGGGCUCAGAUUCCAGCUCUGAGUCAGAGCCUGAAGAGCCCCAAAGCAGAAAGAAACUCCGGAUGGAGGCCAGCUAAACAGAGCAGGCCAGCAAUAAAAACUGUCUGUCUCCUCCAUCGUCUCCUCUCCCAGUUCAUCGUUAGACCCCUCCAAGCUGUUUUAAAGACUCUUUAUUUUCUUUUCUUUUUUAAAAAGUAGAAGCUCUUGGACUGCAGCUUUCAUCUUCUGCCUUUUUCCUUCAGCAAUCUUCCCCCACCAUGAAUUUUUAAACCAAAACACCCCAACUUGGCAGCUUUUUCUGUGGAGGACAGACGGACACACCUGAGCACAUGCUGCCCCUGACCUCCCCAACCAGCUCCUUCCACCUUGUUGGGCAUCAGUGCCCAAGUGACUUCUCUGCUCACAGGUCUCCCUUCCCCGUUCCCUAUGUCUUCCUUGUCCCCCCUCAUUUGAUAGACUUUGUGAAUCUGUGAACUGCUCAACUUUUAGAAGAUGACCUGUUUGGAAUAAUCAGAAUUACCCAGAAUUUUUUUUAAGGAAAAAAAUUUUUUUCUAAAAAAAAAAAAAUUUAUCACUCCUGCUGAAGGGUUAGGUUGGGGGGGCGCGGGGGGUCUUGGUGGUGAGGGUAAGCGGGGACAUCUGUGCAGUCUGGUGUCCUGGGUGUAUUUCACUCCUGCUUCUCCCAGCUAAGUUACACGGAGUUGGGAAGUUCAGCCAACUUUUCUUUCUUUCUUUCUUUUUUUUUUUUUUUUUUUUUGCCUGAGUUGCCAGCAUUCAGGAGGUUCAUGUGACACCAUGUGGUAUGUAUUUGGAGACUGCAAUAGGGAAGCUUCAGCCACCAGGGGAUUGAUUUUUUUUUUUUUUUUUUUGGUGGGGGAGGCAGAGACAGGGAGUGGAGAAGGGAGGGUUAGGGUUGGGGGAGGAACGAAUUUUUUUGUAUUAAGGGCCAGUGAUGAUGUUUUGAUAUUUAUUUCCUGCUACUGAAAUUUGAAUCCAAGUGUACUCUCCCUAUUCUGAUGAUGUUGGUAUUGCAAAGAGACAGAUUCAUAAAGUAAUGAUCAAAUUUUCCUUUGUGUGUGUUUCUAAGAAAUAGAGCCAACUGAUUUUGUAUAUAAAUAUACCAAGAGCAUCUUACCUGGUACUAAAAACCAGACUAGUUCAGGCCCCUUCUGUUCUGGGACCUCUUUCCCUUAUAUGACCUGGCCCUGGUUCUGGCUAUGGUCAACAGGGUCCUUUGAAAGGUUUGUGUGUUAAGCCUCUCUUUUUUUUUUUUUCUUUUUUCGUCUCUACCCUACCCUGUUCUGGCGUUUGCUGAUCUCUAGUGUAUACUAUGUAGUUUCUGUCCAUGUUUAAUUCCAUUCCAUGGAAAUAAAAAGUAUGUUGUACAUACUGCCGAAGAAUUGUCUUGCAAGUUAAGGCUUCCCCCUUUACUAUAAGACUAUAAAUAAAAACUUAUUUUAUCCUUA